AUGGCCAACCACCUCAAGGCCCCCCACCACAAAAUCCAUAUGGAUAUAACCAUUCACCCCAGCCGCCUCAUCAACAAUACGCCUCGCCUGCCCCGCAGCCUGGAUACAAUGGAGCUCCAGGAUAUCAACAGCAAGGCCAGCCUCCUACCGGCCAAGCCGUUUACCAGGGUCAACCCCGCCCAGCAGGUUCGCAAUCGUCAUGCCAGUUCCCGUUUCACAAAUGAGAGAAAAAGACUAACAAUAUCCUAUAAAACCAUAGGAGGAAACUCAUACCAAUCCCAAGGAGGCCCCACUGCUCCUCCCACUGGAGCAGUCUCGUUCGGAAAUGGUGCUCCACAAGGUUACAGCUUCCAAUACUCUCGCUGCACGGGUAAGAGAAAGGCAUUGUUGAUUGGAAUCAAUUAUUUCGGCCAAAAAGGUCAGCUGCGUGGAUGUAUCAACGAUGUGAAGAAUAUGUCAACCUACUUGAACCAGAACUUCGGAUACGCCCGUGAGGAUAUGGUUAUCUUGACUGAUGACCAACAAAACCCGAUGAGCCAGCCGACAAAGGCAAACAUCCUUCGUGCCAUGCACUGGCUGGUGAAAGAAGCACAGCCGAACGACUCGCUCUUCUUCCAUUACUCCGGCCACGGCGGUCAAACACCCGAUCUCGACGGUGACGAGGACGACGGAUAUGAUGAGGUUGUUUACCCGGUGGACUUCCGAAAUGCUGGUCACAUUGUUGAUGACGAGAUGCACCGGAUCAUGGUGCAGUCACUUCGCCCUGGUGUGCGUCUCACAGCAAUCUUCGAUUCGUGUCACUCUGGUUCCGCGCUGGACCUCCCAUACGUCUACUCCACCUCUGGUAUUCUCAAGGAGCCCAAUCUGGCCAAAGAAGCUGGUCAGGGUCUCUUGGGUGUUGUGUCUGCAUAUGCACGUGGUGAUAUGAGCGGCAUGAUGUCCACCGCCAUGGGUUUCAUCAAGAAGGCCACCAAGGGCGACGAGGUGUACGAGCGCAAUAAGCAGACCAAGACCAGCCCUGCCGAUGUUAUUAUGUGGUCCGGCAGUAAGGAUGACCAAACUAGUCAAGAUGCUCAGAUUGCUGGACAGGCUACCGGUGCCAUGUCAUGGGCUUUCAUCGCUGCGCUCCGGAAAAAUCCUCAGCAGAGUUAUGUGCAGUUGUUGAACAGCAUUCGCGAGGAACUGGCUUCGAAGUACACUCAAAAGCCGCAGCUGAGUUGUAGCCACCCUUUAGGUAAGACUUCGGCAUCCAUGUUGGAAUCCAAAGAAAUUCUUCCUGACUGA